AUGCUCCUCAGGAUGGACGAAACGCAGUUGUCAUCAGCAAGUAGUGCGAAUACGUUAGUUGAAUCAGUACAUGUUCCCGAGGCGGCGAAUCCCCCUGUUGUUGUGGAGAAACCAAUUCUCGAUCGGCUUGCUGAAAGCGGAGAUGAGGUUAUUAAGGAAACCGAGAUUGUGCAUAAGGAAGUUGCGGAGGAGGAGGCUGAGCAGCAAACAGAUCUGCCAACUGCAGUGGACAGCUCUUCGAAUGAGCCUCUGGAGAGGAACGAUGGUUUUACGCAUGGACAGAUGAAUAUUUCGGCUAAAGACGAUGAAGUGACGAUUGAGCAGAAUGAAGUCUCUGGUGAAGAGGAAAGUCUGCCAGCAGUCAAGGGCUCGGGAGAAGAAGACACGCAGGUGGCGCAAAAUGGAAAUGAUCGAGUAUCAGUUGAGGAGAUGGAAACCAUCCCGGCUGUCAUCACGGUGAAGGGAGGGCCGCCCGAGAAGGAAGAGGAGGAGGAGGAGCCUGUGGAUCUUGAUACACGAGAAGGAGUUAUGGCAUUACAGCGACGUCAAUGUCGCGGUCUCUCAGCAGAGGAGUUGAUAAAGAAAAUUGUAGACUUGACUGGUAGGAGAUUCGAUGAGGCGGCGCAGGUGGCGAAAGAGAUAGAAGGAGUAGAAGCUGAAGCGGAGGAGAAGGCUAGAGCUCAUUAUGAGGAGGAGUUGAAUAUUGUCACUGAUCAAAUGGCGGAUAUGAAGUUGGACUACUUGGAGAGGAUAGACUCUAUUAUGGCUGAUCAUGCGGGCGAUAUUGCUAGUAUUAAGGGAGAAGUUGCAGCGUUGGAAGUCGCCCUUGACUCUAUCAACGAAGAUAAGGAAGCCGCUAUGCAUGUUGCUUUCGAUAGUCAAACGGCUCUGUCCUUGUCGAUGGAUCUAAUGCAUGAUGAAGGGGAUGUUCGCGGCGUCAUCGAAGAUCUUACGAAGGUCCGCUUCGAGCGACAGAUUCCUCGUAUGGUGAUCUCGGCGUUCAUGCCAGAGAAGAGCAGUAUGAUGGGAACUGUCAUGGCUCGUAUUUUCGCCUCCCUCUACCGGUUGGAUCGAAACGAUGCUGAUGAGUUGAGGGCAGAGGGAGCGCAAGAUGCUCCCGAGGAGUGUAAGAAUGAGUGUCGCUAG